GGUUACUUCAAUAUCUCGUAUACCUCUCUGACAAUAUCUAUCAUCUUCAUCUCUUCCUGCUCUCCCCACCUCAUCUAUCUCCAGGACCCAAAGAACCCUAACACCAACAUGAAGAGGCAAAAGAGCUAUGAAAUCAUCAAUCUCUUCGAUCUCCUUUCGGAUGAAAUCAUGUUCACAAUUCUAGAUUUACUUAACCAAAACCCUCUUGAUAAGAAGGCAUUUUCUCUGGUUUGCAAGUCAUUUUACAAUAUAGAAUCCAAACAUCGAAGGACCCUCAAGCCGCUGCGUCAAGAACAUCUCCUUCGAACCCUCAAUCGGUACCCAAAUGUCGCCCACAUCGAUCUGACACUCUGCCCACGAGUGAACGACAGUUCCUUGGAAAUCGUUGCAAAAACAUACAAAAAAACGCUCCGUUCCAUCGAUCUCUCCCGUUCUCGGUUCUUUUCGGGUAGUGGGUUGUUGAGUUUGGCUGAGAAUUGCAAGAAUCUCGUGGAGAUUGAUUUAUCGAAUUCUAAAGAACUUCAGGACUCGGCCCUGGCUAAUAUUGCAGAGGCGAAGAAUCUUGAGAAGCUCUGGUUGGUGAGAUGCAAGAAAAUCACAGAUAUGGGAGUUGGAUGUAUCGCUGUGGGUUGUAAGAAGUUGAGGUUACUCAGCUUGAAAUGGUGCUUGGGUGUCGGUGAUUUGGGGGUGGAGUUGAUCGCUUUUAAGUGUAAAGAGAUUCGUUAUUUGGAUCUCUCCUGCUUGCCGAUAACAAAUGAAUGCUUGCCAUCCAUCUUGAAACUACAAUAUCUUGAAGACUUAAUUCUAGAAGGAUGCUUUUGCAUUGACGACGACAACCUUGCAGAUAUUGGACACAGAUGCAAGUCUCUGAAGUUACUUGAUAUGUCAAAUUGCCAUAAUAUCAGUCAUGUUGGUUUGUCUUCUCUAAUUGGUGCUGCUGAAUCUCUACAACAGCUAACAUUAGGCUAUGGCUCUCCUGUCACGGUUUCUCUUGUUGAUAGUUUGAAAAAGCUGUCUGUGCUGCAAUCUAUCAGACUAGAUGGCGCAGUGGUCACUUGUGAUGUAUUGAAGGCAAUCGGAAGUUUUCCCAUGUCACUAAGAGAACUGAGCUUGAGUAAAUGUUCAGGAAUUACUGACGAUGGUCUAUCCUUCCUCAUUAAAAAACAUGAAGAUUUAAGGAAGCUGCACAUCACUUGUUGUCGGAAGAUUACUUAUAUUGCCAUUGCACAUAUAACAAGUUCAUGCGCUAAUCUUGUUUCACUAAGAAUGGAGUCGUGCACAAUGGUCCCUAGAGAAGCUUAUGUCUUGAUUGGAGAGCGAUGUCGUUUUCUGGAGGAGCUUGAUGUGACAGAUAAUGAGAUUGAUGAUGAAGGUCUGAAAUCAAUUGCUAGGUGUUCCAAUCUCUCCAUCUUAAAACUUGGAAUUUGCUUAAACAUAACUGAUGCUGGGCUUGCUCAUGUUGGAAUGUGUUGUCCAAAACUUAAAGAGCUCGAUUUGUAUAGAUCAGCUGGAAUAACGGAUAUAGGUAUCUUAGCAAUUGCUCGUGGUUGCCCUGACCUUGAAAUGAUUAAUACGUCCUACUGUUAUGACAUCACUGAUCGAUCCCUACAUUCGUUGUCCAAAUGUUUGAGGUUGAAUACAUUUGAAAGUCGAGGCUGCCCUCUUAUAACAUCUUUGGGUCUAGCAGCCAUUGCAGUGGGAUGCAAACAACUCAUCAAGCUUGACGUAAAGAAGUGUCUCAGCAUUGAUGAUGCUGGAAUGAUUCCACUUGCUCAAUUCUCCCAAAAUCUCAAACAGAUUACUUUGUCAUAUAGCUCAGUUACGGAUAUGGGGCUUUUGUCCCUUGCGAGCAUCAGCUGCCUACAGAACCUGACUGUCUUGCAUUUGAAGGGUUUGACUCCAAGUGGACUGGCCGCUGCCCUGUUAGCGUGUGUAGGGCUAACAAAAGUGAAGCUUCAUGCAUCUUUUAAACCGCUUUUACCACAACUGAUUUUUGAACAUUUAGAAGCGCGCGGUUGCGUAUUUGAAUGGAGAGAUAAAGUAUUUCAGCCUGAACUAGACCCAAAGUGCUGGAAAUUGCAAGUCGAAGAUAUUGUUCACUAGAGAAUUUUCGAAGGUCCUCCUUUUAUGGUUGAUAAGCUCUUACUGGCAAAUGUAGAUUCCCCCGUGCAAGUGACGAAGUCCUUAGCAUUUUGGCAUGUGAGAUUUGUUUGAUAUAAUUGGGAAUGAAUUCAUUGUCACUGGUUGCUGACAACAUUUUAAUGCUUUGGAUGGGAAUUCCUUCCUGGAGUCUGGAAGUGGAAGGGAUGAAAGUUUUUUUUUCAUUUUUUUUUAUAUGGCAGCUAGAAAAAGAGAGAUACAAAUCGAUGAGGUCGAAACCCAAAUCGAUGUGGUGGAGAGAUCAAAUCACCCUCCAACCACUGUAGAAGAUCAUGAAGAAAACACAUGGGAAUGCUACCAGAGUGAGACCCAGCAGCAGCCCUUUGGCCAGACGAUCGGUCCAGGCAUUGUUGAGCCUGUUCGCAUGUACGCAUUGUCAUUUUGAACUUGCCUGGGAGAGAGAUCCGAUUUCCGAGCUUCCUCAAUAAUGGGCUGAAUGGUCCAGUCCUCUACCAGAGAAGGCUGCUUAAGGGCUUUUUUAUGAUUGGGCCAAGAAAUUGUUUCUGUUUCAAAGAGUAAAAUUGGGUCCGUUGGGGAGUGUGUUUAUUUUGAGUUUUUGGCCUACUGAGGUAAGGUGAGUGAGGUGCGUUGACAAAAAUGUUUAGCGUGUCAAAAAUAUGUACUUAUAAAGUUUACCCAGUAAAUUUUUAUUUUAAAAAAGCACUCAAAAUGUCUCAAAUUACAAAAUAAAUUCACAUAAUUUUAA